AUGCCUACCAUUGCUAGCGACUUCUUUCCUCCAACCAUCAUUCCUCAAACAUUGCAUGACUCGGCGCAGUUGCCCGUGGACCUUGAGCAUACAGGAGUAGAACUAGACUUGACGAGACGAGAUUUCGGCGAAAGAGAUCAGUCGGAUCUAGAGAGCGCAGGCCGAUCAGUGCUUGACUCUGCACCCCCACGAACGACAGGGCGACCUCGUCCCAUUGAUACUUCUGCGGGCAGCCACAGUACUCUCAACAGCCCCUUGAACGCUUUUUAUGAUCCAGAAGACUCUCAAAUGUCACGGCGCAACAAAUCGUCACCCAAAACUGGCUCUGACCAGCCAGAAUCAAUAGCCAGUGGAGGGAAAGUAAACGGCUUCGCCAACGGACCUUCGAGCAGCGAGAGCAUGGAGUCACACCUGGAAAUGCGUCGCAAACAUCCUGUCUUGGAUUCGCCGACCUCUGAAUCAAGCCGUGCUCAUUUAAUGGGCAGAGAGAGCUUCUCCCUUGACAAUGAGAUACCUGAUACACCAUCGACACCAAACUCCUCAAAUACAAGCUUCUUCGACCUACCGCGGCAAGACAGGAGGAAUUUCAUGCUCUUAGUAUUGCUCUACUUCCUACAGGGCAUACCAAUGGGACGCAGUCUGGAACCCGAAACUAGGGCGACGAAAAAGCUGGAUCAUGCCUAUACAGAUAUGCUCAGGAAUAGGAAUGAUCUACCUGGGGGGAGGGCCAAAGAGAUGUUGGUUGCGGCGGGCGCAAGCGAUGGCUCUGGCGUUUGGUCUUUCACUUCUUGGUGGUUCUUCCUCGUCUUCCUAUGCGCCACUCAAGAUAUUGCCGUGGACGGAUGGGCACUUACGCUCCUCUCUCCUCCGCAUCUUUCCUAUGCAUCGACGGCACAGACUGUAGGCUUGACAGCCGGACACUUUCUCUCCUAUACCGUCUUCCUCGCCUUGAACGCCCCCGACUUCGCAAAUCGCUGGUUUCGCAAGACGCCAUCUGCUGAGGGCGUCAUGACAUUAGGCGGCUACCUCACGUUCUGGGGCUGGGCCUACCUCGCAGUAACGCUCGGUCUUGCUGUCCUCAAACGGGAAGAAAAGACCAAGGAUCGUGACGGGAUCCUCGAAGUCUAUAAGAGCAUGCUUGGUGUGCUCAAGCUGAAAAACAUCCAGAGCAUUAUUAUAAUCCACCUGAUCGCAAAACUCGGGUUCCAAGCCAACGAUGCGGUGACAAAUCUAAAGCUGCUAGAUAAGGGAUUUAGCCAGGAGGACUUAGCCCUGACAGUUCUCAUCGACUUUCCGUUCGAGAUCAGUCUAGGCUACUAUGCUGGCAGGUGGUCGACUACUAAUCCUCCAAUUCACGUAUGGUGCUGGGCCUUCAUCGGGCGUCUGAUCGCAGCUUGCGUUGCUCAAGGCGUCGUGAUGAUCUUUCCCGCCAACGGGGUGCAGCCGUGGUACCUACUUACUGUGAUCGCCUCACAUAUCUUCUCCACCUUCUCCAGCACGGUCAUGUUCGUUGCCAUCUCCGCUUUCCACGCGAAAAUUGCGGAUCCAGUCAUUGGAGGAACAUACAUGACCUUGCUUGCUACUGUCUCAAAUCUCGGUGGCACCUUCCCCCGCUUUUUCAUCCUCAAACUAGUAGACUACUUCACGCAAGCGACAUGCACUCCGCCUGCUGACGUAAAGAAACCCCUUUCCUUACCCGCCUCAUGCGUAACAGAAUCAGACCAGAAACAAUGCAAAGACGGAGGCGGUACUUGUGUCAUUGAUCGUGAUGGUUAUUACAUCACGAAUAUAGUGUGUGUUGCCGUUGGCAUCGUGACAUUUCUCUUCUAUAUACGACCAGCCGCCAUGAGAUUACAGGCGCUUCCGCUGAGGGCGUGGAGACUGGCUGCCGGUGAAAGGAAUUGA